AUGGAAGCAGUCGGUCACCCGGCUUCUUGGAAAAGCUCUGAGCGACAAUUCGAUAAAUUCUCCGACAAAUUUUGCAAACGAAGCCUUCGUCCGGACGAGUACAUGAUCAAACGCAACGGAGAACCCUACGUCCCACCAAAAGGCUAUGAGCGACUGAAAAACGAAGCAGCUAGCCUCCAGUUCAUCCGCGAGAAAACCAACAUCCCCGUCCCCGAGGUGCUCGAGGCCUAUGACGACAGAGGCGCAUUUGUCCUUGUCACCAAGCUGCUGCCAGGUGUACAGAUGUGCAAACUCUCGGCCGAACAGCAAAUCAAAGUAAUGGAGGAAGUGGAAGCCCAGAUAAAGGUCCUUCAAUCGAUCAAAUCGUCUCGCACAGGCGGACCAACCGGGAUUGUCUGCCCCCCGCCGAGGGCGACAAGGUGGUUUCCCAAGGGUACUGUAUGGUCUUCUACCACCCCUAAGGAACCCGAUCUCGUCUUCUGCCACUGCGAUCUAUCGCAGACAAACAUCCUUGUUGACCCGGAAACUCUGAGUAUUACGGGGAUUAUAGACUGGGAAUUUUCCGGAUUCUGGCCUGACUAUUUCGAAGCACCUUACUUUCGAGAUCCUCGGCCAUCUGGCGCGCAAUUCGUGGAGCCUGCCGACAACGUUGAGGUAGUUGAUUUCCUCGAACGACAAGGGCACAAAGUGGAAGCCACUAGUUGA